AUGGGGGGAUCCAAGAGUAAACCCAAGGAUGUAGGCCAGCGAACCCGCAGCCUGGAUGGCAACCUCAGCUCUGGGGGAGGGGCGGGCGGCCACCACCUCAACUCCAAUCAGCAGUCUAUGACCCCCAACCGCAGCCCGACCGUGGACGCAGGUCUGAGCGGAAACCAGUCCAUGCCAAACAACGCGGAGCUGGCGCUGUUUGGAGGCGUGGACAACAACAGCGUCACCUCUCCGAACAGAAUCACGCUGGCAGGUGAGAAAUCAGCGCCAAGAUUUACUCUACACAGGUACUAAACUCGACUCAGGUAAUAAUAAAACUUUCUCUGGGAACAGGAGGCGUGACGACCUUUGUGGCGUUGUACGACUAUGAGUCUCGAACAGCUUCAGAUCUGUCAUUCAGGAAGGGCGAACGCCUCCAGAUAGUCAACAACACGUAAGGAAAACUCCUCUUGGUUCUAUUUAUUUAUUUUUUUAUUUUUUUAUUUAUUUAUUUAUGUUUUUUGUGUUGUGUGUGUAUCAUUACUAUUAUUAUUAUUAUUGAAUUUUUUAUUUUUUUAUUUUUCUGUCAUUGUUUAUCCUGUACUCUUCUUGUUUAAGUGAAAUAUGAAAUAGGAAAAAAAAACAUUUUAAUUUUUUUUUUUUAUGCUGUUUGUGUUGUGUGUGUGUGUAUUCUUAUUAUUAUGAUUAUUAUUAUGAUAAUAAUAAUUAUUAUUAUUUAUUUAUGUAUUUAUUUUUUAUUUAUUUAUUUAUUUAUUUAUUUUUUUUUUUAUCUGUCAUUGUUUAUCUUGUAUUCAUCUUGUUUAAGUAAAAUAACAAAUAUGGAAAAAAAAAAGAAAAAAUCCUCUUUGUCACCUUUAAAACAAACAUGCACAGGAGUUAGCUCAAGAAGAGUCAGCUGACACUUUUGUUUUUUAACUGUCGUCGUGAAUUUUGGUCUAUUAACAUUUUCAACCUUAAAAAGUGAUAAAAUAUAGAUUUCAACGCAAAGAGGGGUCCCUUUUUUUACACGUAAACACAAUAUGUUACUUUGAAAUAGUGGGAUUUUAUUGUACUAAUACUGUUUGAUAUCAUCAAAUCGUUCCUUUGCAUGAUUUUAAUCUGCUUUUUAGAGUUUCUGGCAACUUCCAGGUCCUUUCGUUUCUACACAGCUGUGUAAAAAGUAGCACCCACAUGUUGUUUAUCAGCUUCCUUGUAAAUGCAAACUUUAAAGUUACCCACCUUUGAUUUUUGUCCUUUUCUGCAGCCGUACUCUCUGUUCUGCAGUUUCUCUGUUUAGAGUUACCGCUCUCUUUUCAACCUUAAAUGCAUGUCACUCGUCGUCGUCGCCUCCCUGAAAACCUCCUGUAACCAUAGAAACGGGCUUCCCUCGGCAGAGCGCUGACACAUUUCUGCUCAAUUUUUCUCUCCAUUCACAAAAAGCCGAUCACAUCUCGAAGACUUUGUUGUGUUUAUCUCCAGCUCCGAACAUGUGGUUCAAUUCUGAUGCCUAGUUACCGAGUAAAAACCCCAAACCUGUUUGGACUGAGGGGCGGGGGGGGUCUCUGCUUUAUGAAUCAAUAGAUGGGCAGUGAACCAUAUACUGUAGUGCUGCACCCCCAGUGCUGCCUGCUUCCUAACAAACUGCUGACCUAGAAGGCAGGAGCUGGGGACAAUAGUGGAUUAUCCUGCAUCUGGCCCCCUAAGCCAAAGACCUGCUUCAUUAUUGGGUCAAGUCCACGGAGAAUCCAUUAACCACCUCAAAGAUUAUUACUGGUUAUUUAAAGUCAAAGAAGGUGGCGGAGAGGCUUGAACGAGCUCUCUGAUUGGUCCGUUCAGAUAAUGUAACGACCUAAUAAGCUUUCUCCUGCCUGUGUUGCAUGUUUUUCUCACUGUUUGACCUCCUGUAUCUCAAACUUCUGCAUUAGUUCACGUUUUUAAGACUCUGUAUUUGUCGUGUUUUCUCUGCUGCUUUUCUUUAACCCCUCUCUUUCCUUUUCAUCUCUCUCUUUUUUUCCAUUUCUCCAUCACAAACCAUCACUUUUUUUAACAGGAGGAAGGUGAACUGCAGGUUUGUGAAGCUCCUCUGGGUUUGUUUUUGUGUCUACCUGUGUGUUCGUGUCACCUGAAGUAUACCCACUGUAUUUACACCUCACUUUAAAAGCACAGCCCACAUAACUCUGCCCUUCCUUCAUGCUGCGUUCACAUUGAAAGGGAAGCUGGUGUUGAAGCCUUGCAGCACUACGAUCAAUCCAGGACAACUGGAGGCAGUUAAAGUAAACAAACCAUAAUUCAACUUUAGGAACUCGGAGUGAGUCGAGUGCUGCAAAGCUACAGUCAUUCACUCCCUGAUGAAGUGUAGCAUAAAAGCCCCCGUGUCUCCCAGAGGGUGUACUCUGAAGCAAGAUUGACUUUCCUCAGGCUGGCUUUGUGUUAAUGACUCAACAUAACCUCAAACUUUUGAAGAGACGGUGGCUGAUACGAAGGUGUUCAUCAACUUUUUUUAUCAAGCAGUAUUUGCAGUUAAAUAUAAGAGGUUUAAAGGUGCAGUGCGCAGAAUUUUGCAGCUUUUAGCAGGACAGACUUGGUAGAAAUUAAGGGCUCUAUUUUCGUGCUUCGCCGGAGAAGUGGCGCAGGCGCGGCAAACCUGACUUAGGCAUUUCCAAGCACAAUUUGGUAUUUUACUGAGCGGCUCAGCCCGGCACAAUUAUCCCCCCUCCCUAACUCAUCCCCUCCCAGCGGCGUAAGUCGUAGCGAGGGAGGAGAGAAGGUGUGGAGUGGGUUUAACACAGCCGAGACCUGUAUUGACCAAUAACAUCAGCUACUCUCCUCGCCUUUAAAUCCGCCACCAAUGAGGCGUAUUACAAUUUUCGUGAAGUAGUCAGAGAGGUCAAGAGAUGUCUGAAGACAACAAUGCCACAUCAUGUGUGUCUAUUGACUAAAUAUUUAAUUAAAAUACCAAACUGGCUGUACGCUGGGCUCCGCCAGACAAAAAUACCACUGCGCGGGGUCCGCCACCCUUUGCCGCGUCCCCGAUGGACACAAAAAUAGAGCCCUAAGUGUAUUAAUCCUGAGUUUAUUUAAAUCAGCGUAUAAUCCCCUAAAUACAACAAUAAAUUUGUCUUUUUAACAAAACCUACAUAGAAGCAGGGCCACCAUCUUGCGCUGCUUUUGUUUCUACAGGAUCACAGAAAGGUCAAACUUUUAACUUCCCCUUUUCUGUAUCUAGUUUGUGACCACCAAAACAGCGACUGUUGAAAGUCAGUUCUCUUUUCAAGUCUAGUUUAAAGCUUUAUUGUCCUUCAACAGAUAUUUAUGAGCUUCAUAUUAGGACACAACCAAUAACUGAUUAAAAGGAAGUUUUGAUAAAAGCUUAAAAUGCAGAAAAGCAUCUUUAAAACCAUUUAAAAGUGACGAUUUUUGAUAUGACUUAAUAUCAAAUGACUGAUAUGACUGAAUAUUUUUUAUUUUAGACCAUAAAAUUAGUAAGGUAGGGUAGACUUUAUUGAUCCUGCAUGGGGGGAAACUAUUUCACCACCAGGACAAGAAGACUCAUACAGACAACAAACAGCAUGGAGACACCAGAAAACAUAAACUCAACACGAGAUACACAAUAAACACAGUCAAGGCCAAUGAAACAUGAUUUAAGAGUGGUACAAUAAAAGAAAAGGACAUGAUGAAAUCCAACAAAGGCCUGAUCAAAAUGAAUCCACUUUAGACCAGUCAGGUGGUUAAAAUCCAAAUCUUAACAUAGAAAUCAGUUUUUUAUGCACGUCGGAUAAAGUCACCUGAGUGAAAACCCUUAACAAACCCUUCUAACCAAUUAAUCUUGCUUCAUCGCACACCUGCACCGAUGCAUGUUUGUUAAAAACAACUCCCCUCCCACAUAGUAUUUUAAAUGUUAAAUAUCCUGGCUGUCAUUUAUCAAGUUUCUUCAGGAGGCAAAAGUUUUGACUAAAUCAGGCUGAACUUUUCGCAUUUUCUUCACUUUUACUGAAUUUAUUCACACUCUGAGACACUUGAUAAAAAACAGCAGCCCUUGAACUCAGAGACGCAGUAUUUUGUUGUUUUUGUUGUUGUUGUUGUGUUUGGUGUUUUGGUGUGUGAAGCUGUGUGUUAUCGUUUCAUCUGUGCAGGGAGGGGGACUGGUGGCUGGCGCGCUCCCUGACCACCGGAGAAAGCGGUUAUAUCCCCAGCAAUUACGUGGCUCCAUCCGACUCCAUCCAGGCAGAAGAGUAAACCCUUUUUUUUUUUUUUUCUUCAUCUUCUUCUUCUUGUCUCUUUCUUUCAUCCUGCGUGUGAAAAAAUCUGCUUUUGAAGUUAUUUGAUGUCUAUCUCUGACGAGGGAACAGUCUGUGGAGAGUUAAAAGAGGAAAUAAGCAAAACUGUGUGUGAAUAUAGAUCUACUAGUCAAACUCAAAGAUCCUUCACCUGAGUUUGACCAGGAACAGAAACUUCUCAACGUCCUGCGUGUUUCCACUCGCUGAUUUAAGCUAAAGUCAGAAAAGUGUAAAUAUCUGAUGUAAAUUUUAAAACAUGCACAGGCUAACCUGCUUGCUUUGACAAACUAACCUCCUGUAUCGACUCCAUCUCUCACUUUCUGCUUCCUGCUCCUCCUCCAGUCAUGUCAGACUGACUCUGGAGUCCAGGUAAGCAGCUGUCGCACUGUAUGCAUGAACACGCACUGCACCUUUAAACGCACAAAGACUCUCCCUGCACUUUCACACUCAAACCACACACUACAACUCCCUUACCUUGUUCCUCUUCUCUUCUUCUCAACCUGCUCCGGUGUGUUUCAUGUGUUUUUUCUCUCUCAAAACCAUCAGGUGGUACUUUGGGAAAAUCACUCGCCGUGACUCCGAGAGACUGCUGCUAAGUCUGGAGAACAGGAGAGGGACUUUCCUGGUGCGAGAGAGUGAGACCACCAAAGGUAAAUACACUAAAAGCAAACUCAUCAUUUACUCUGCCUUUUCACGGGAGAGGGCUGGGGUUAGACCACUGUGUGCGGAGUCAUGACUAAAUUGAAUUCUCAGAGAAAAGAUGUCAAAAUAUUAGGAAUGUGGUGCUUUUUUAUUUCUGCUCGGAUUGUUUUAACCUCAGAUGUUAAAAAUAACUUCCAAAUCGGAGACCUGCAUCUGAAAAAGUCUGACUGUCUCAAACUCUGGGUCUAGAAAUGAUCUUUUUAAAGAAAACACACACCUGCAAAAUCAACUUUCAAAGCAUCUACAGCCUGAUGCAUCCUCCUCUAAUCUCCUUUUAAAAACAUGUAGAGAGACGCUGAGACUCCUGCUGCAAACUCCAGUCCGCAGGAGAACCUAAAACUCUCAUUACUUAUCUGAAGACACGCCCCAGGGACAGAAAGUAAAAGUAAGAUUUGUGACUGUAGCUUCCAACAGUUUUCAUGUCCAUAAUUUUACAUAAAUAAAAAGGGAGCAAGUUGAGAAUCGCCUCGUAUACACGGACAUGUCGGGAUUUAGUUUAAGGUUUUAGUUUAAUGAACCUCAGAGAUCCAUGAUGAAAAAUAGAUUAAAAGACGGUCUAUUUUCAGACCUGACAUCUUCCCACUGGACUUAAAGUCAUUUUAAUUUAAAUUUAAUUAAAAUAGAAAUACUACAAGUGCUUCAUUUAGACAUGUGACCAUAUUUAAAUCCAUCCAAAUGUCACAGAUUAGUUUGAAAGAUGUUUGUUUUAUGUUUAAUUCAAGUUAUUUUAUGGUCAGUCUUCAUGUGGAUGGUCUUGUUUGCUUUUAUGAGACGUACUGAAACACCAGCUUCAAUUUCAACCUGUAACCAGAUUAAAAAGUUUAAAUAUUAAAUGAACUUUUAAGCAAAAAGUUAUGUUCAUAUGAUGCAUGAUUUUAUAUUUUCUGUGAUUUUAACUACAAACUACAAACAAUAUUUAGUAGUUUGGUUUGUCAAAGACAGAUUUAAAACUUCAUUUGUUUGUCUUUAUGGCGUCUUUUUAUUUAAGCUUUUACUCAAACUUGUAAAGAUAAAGAUGGAUAUAAAGUUUUUGUUGAGGAUUAAGUUUGUGAUCUUUCACAUUUAGAAAUAUACAUUUUUAUUCCACUUUUAGUGUCAACACAGGAGAGACCUUUAAUCGCAAUUAGGAUGGAAAAAAUACGUUUUUAUUGACGUGAAUGAGUUUGAAACUAUUGACUUCUCUGAUUUCAGCACAAACAUUUUAUCUAGGUUAAAAAAAAAAAAAAGUUUGAGUUUAAAAAUGUGUGAAAAUUCCCAGAGCUGAACUAAAGUUUGAUCGCCUGCAACAACAACAAAAAAAAAGUUUGAUUAAAAAGUUCUCUUGUGUAUUUCCCUGUAAGUUAUAGUAUUUCACCUGUAGCUAAGACUCACAGCGGUGUAAUGACUUUCAGCAUCCUUGAACAACAGCCCAGAGGUUUCCUGAGGAUACCACGCAGAUAUGAUCGAAAAUGAUAAAAUGAGUUUGUGAGCAGAGAAGUUUUUGGACCUGAGGAGGUCGUCCUAAUUAUUCUGUAGCCUCACACUGGAGAUCCAAACUAACACACUCGCUGUAACUCCUCCACCAUUGAUUAUCUCUAAAUGAGGGUCUGUUUUCCUGGAUUUCUCUGCGCUCUUUUUCCUGAACUUGUAAAAUUUUUAGAUUCUCAGCGUGAAGCUCAGUUCCUCAGUUUGGAUUCAGUGACGUCUUACUGAAAUUCAGGGGAGAAGAAAGUGAAUUUUGCCCCAACAGUCAGACAUGACACCCUGCUGUUCAGUGAGCGCCCGCCGUGCAUCAUGGGUACAGAGCAGAGACGCAUCAGGCAGAUGGGAAAGGUUGGAUGUGGCGCCUGUGGGACUCUGGAGUCUAGAGAUAGUUCUGAUAGUCAGCUGCUCUGAGACUCCUGCAGUCUCCAAGGAUCCACAUAUCUGUGUGUGUUUGUGUGAUUUAGUGCAGGACUCACGUUGUUUCCUGUGAUCGGAUAUGUUUGCAGCCCUGACAUGAAUAAGAAAGAGGGACGAGGUAGGAAGGGAGGGAGAGUGAAUGAGUGAGGAGGAGAGGAGGAGAGGUACCAGGUGGGUGAGCCCGACAGAAUUAGGUCAGCGUGGAGCUGAGGACUGUACCGCCACGGGCAGUAUCAGUUCAAACAUUUGGAGAAGGGGGAGGCAUCGCCUUGGGCUCCUCUGUGAGACUUAGUGAGUCACUCUGUUUUUUAAACUGACUGUGCUGCCCUCUGGUGGUGAAAUAGACACACAGACACCAAAAUACAGAUUUAAAAUGUCCCCAAAUGUUAUAUUUCAUAUUAUUUGUUAUUAUAAUUGUUAUUUUGAAAUAAUCAUUAUAUUAUUAUUAUCAUUAUUUUACUGUUAUUAUUUUUAAUUACUACAACUAUCAUUAUUAUUAUCAUCAUUGUUUUAUUUUAUUUUUUAUUAUUAUUAUUAUUAUUAUUAUUCUUUUAUUAUUGUAAUCAUAAUUAUAAUUUCUAUUAAAAUAAAUACCAAGAAUAUCACACUUUUUUGAUUGCUAAUUAACCUUUUAUGCUUUUUUAAAUUUAUACUAUUUCCCUCCUAAUUUUAAUCUUUUCAGAUUACGAUUUUCUAAAACAUAAAAAGACCUUUUCCCUAAAUCAAUCAGUCUUCAGUCAUAUGUCGCUCUUGUUUAACUUAUGAGUAGAGGCCUUCAGUGUGAAGCGAGUUCAACACGGCUCAGUUAUCUUCGUUUAUCCGUCUUCACCGACCCUGACACGGUUCAUGUCCCGUAAAGGUCAAAAGUCAACCUAGAGUUACUCGCAUGAACAGGGCGGAGCUUAGCUACAUCUGCCCAAUCACAGACAUGAACCAGUUUCCCAUGAACCAGUUUCCCACCAACACAGAGAAACUUAAAGUGAUGAAAUGUGACAAAAUACAUCAAAUUAACUCAUCUGCAUUUGCACAACAAAGAAAGAACUAUGGGAAUAAUUAAAAACAUCUACAGUAAAGCAGCUCAGAUUUAUUCUCAUGGCAUCUAAAUGAGUUUUAGGUCUAAUAUUUAACUGCAGAAACUUAUUUGUUACUUUGGUUUAAACCUAAAAUAAAGCUGCAGAUCUAACAGUGUUAAAGGAAACAGUGUGGGGAUGAUCAAAUGAAAAUGAAAACAUGAUUCAAAGGAAUAAGCUCACCUAGUUUAACACCUGAAAACACAAGAAUAACAUCAUGGAACAACAUCCAGUUAUUUUCAUCAGUAUAAUUCACAUUGCUGUGUCUCCAAAUCUACUGAAAACACCCUGGGCUUAUUUAUUAUGUGUACAGCAGUAAUGAAAAUAUAGAUAAAAACAAAAACACUAAACAGCAUUAAAUAAAGCAGGCGGUAACAAUAAGUUCCUAAAACAGACAGAAACUUCAAACAGAGCCUGACUCAUGUUGACCAGCCGUCUGCUGCGUCUCUGUUAGGCUUGCAAAGAGAAUAAAAAAUCAAAAAUACGUCAACAAAAGAUAUAAAGCGGAAUAAAACAUGAAACACAACAAAGUGAAUAAAUCAUAAAAGCUUCAUGUGGGAGAAGCUUCAUGUUCAGACUGUGGGAUCAUCCGUUUGUAAACCAAAUCUUCUUUCCUCAGUUUCACCCGUUAUCAUGUUUCCCUCCCUCCAGGUGCCUACUGUCUGUCUGUGUUGGACUACGACAACACCAAAGGGCUGAAUGUGAAGCACUACAAGAUCAGGAAGCUGGACAGCGGGGGGUUUUACAUCACGUCACGCACGCAGUUCAGCAGCCUGCAGCAGCUCGUCAACCACUAUCGCAGUAAGUUCAACUCUGACCCCGCAGUAAACUUCAAUCUUUACAAGUAUUUUUGUGAAAAACUCAAACAUUUACUAAACAAGUCCAGAGAAAUGUAUGAAAUAAUAAGAGUUGAAUUACUUCUAAUGAGUAAAAAAAUCUCCAGAUGGAAUUUUUAUAUGUGUCAGGUGACUGCAGCUUAAAUUACACUGAGUCAUACUUAAAAAACACACUGCUGUGAUGCUCUGUCCAUGCAAAUGCAAAUGUAUGAAAAAACUGCUUCUGAAGCUGCUCUGCAGAAAAAUUAAACAUGCUCAGGUGACCUCUGGAAUGCCCCUCUAUCAGGUGAAAUAUAAAAAUAUGACACUUUGGAUGCCGUUCUAUUAGAUAUAAUGAUAAAUAGUGACCUCUGGAUGCCCCUCUGUCUGGUAAAAUAUAAAAAUAUUAAACUCUGGAUGCCUUUCAAUUAGAUAUAAUGACAAAUAGUGACCUCUUGAUUCCCCUCUGUCAGAUAUAAUAGUAAAUAGUGACCUCUGGGUGCCCCUCUAUCAGGUAAAAUAUAAAAAUAUUACACUCUGGAUGCCCUUCUAUUAGAUGUAAUGAUCAAUAGUGACCUCUCAAUGCCCCUCUAUCAGAUUUAAUGAUAAAUGGUUACCUCUGAAUGCCCCUCUGUCAGAUAUAUUAGUAAAAAGUGAUCUCUGGAUGCCCCUCUAUUGGGUAAAAUAUUACACUCUGAUAAUGAUAAAUAGUGACCUCUAGAUACCACCCUUUCAGAUUCAAUGUUAACAUAGUGACUUCUAGAUACCCCUAAAUCAGAUAUAAUAAUAACUAGUGAACUCUAGAUGCCCUUCCAGGUGUUGUACAUUUUGUUUUCCUCCCCUGCCCCUCAAACAGACCUGAGUAUACCACUGUUUGGUUUUGGUGUGUUUUUUGUAUCUUUAACAUAUUAUUGUACUAUAUAGAGAGGUCUUUUGCAAGGGGGAGGGGUCGCAAUGUUUUUUUUUUGUUUGUUUGUUUUUUAAAUUGUGAUAAAUUUUGUUUUUUUUGUGUUGGUGUACCUCCAAAUAGAAAUCAGUUUAUGAUUGAUAAGAAAUAUAUAUUCUCUCAGUCUCAUGUACACACACUUAACAGAGACAGAAACUGAAAUCUUUUUUAAUAAUCACAUUCUCCUCCUCCUCUUCAGAGCACGCUGACGGCCUCUGUCAUAGUCUAACAGACAUCUGUCCCGUACUGAAGCCUCAGACUCAGGGCUUAGCCAAGGAUGCCUGGGAGAUCCCGAGAGAGUCCCUCCGUCUGGACCUCAAACUUGGACAGGGCUGCUUCGGAGAGGUCUGGAUGGGUAAGCUGGGAUCUGAUCUGUUUCUGGAGCUGUUCUCUCUCUGUCUGAGGAGACGUUUGUUGGAUAUCACUUUCACUUGAUUGAGUCGACAUGAUUUAAAUGACUCUUAUUAAUACGUUUUUUCAGGAACAUGGAACGGGACGACACGAGUGGCGAUAAAGACCCUGAAGCCCGGCACCAUGUCCCCUGAAGCUUUCCUCCAGGAGGCUCAGGUCAUGAAGAAACUCAGGCAUGAGAAGCUGGUUCAGCUGUACGCCGUGGUGUCUGAGGAGCCCAUUUACAUCGUCACAGAGUACAUGGGCCAAGGUCAGUGUGGAAUAAACACCUUUAUACAGAGAAAAAACACUGAUUUAAACAAGUUUAGUCGAGGUCACACUAACCUGCUGUGGGUGUUUCCGCCAACAGGUAGCUUACUGGACUUCCUGAAAGGUGACAUGGGUAAGAUGCUCCGCCUCCCUCAGCUGGUGGACAUGGCCUCACAGGUCAGCAUGACUCAGUAUUUUCUUAUCUUAAAUAACGUCUCUUAAAUCCAGAUCAUCAUAAAUCCUCUCUGUGUCUCUGUCUCAGAUUGCUUCAGGGAUGGCGUACGUGGAGAGGAUGAACUACGUGCACAGAGACCUCAGAGCUGCAAACAUCCUGGUCGGAGAUAACCUCGUGUGCAAAGUGGCCGAUUUCGGUCUGGCUCGCCUCAUCGAGGAUAACGAGUACACCGCCAGGCAAGGUACGACCGCACGACUCUGCUGAGAGCCUUUUACAUCAGAUUCAUUAUGAUGACUUUUGUUUUCAGUUAUUUUUCAAGAUAAACCAGUCAGACAAUUUAAAAUCCCAGCGUCUUUACUGUGAUAAUACGCUGUUUGUGUUUGUUAUUUGUUAAAUAUCUUUGGUCUCAGAUCAAAAAUGAGAUAUUUAAAAAUAAAGAUUGAACUCAGGGGAAUUAGUGAUGGAAAUUAUGUUUUUUUUCUUUAAAUAAUAUCUUUGUUGACUUUCAUUUCACAUUAUACAGACAGUUUUGUAAUGUAACUAUGUAUUACAAAAGUUAUUUUUUUCCCCAUUCCCAAUAAAACAAACACAAACAUUAACCUUUCUCUAAAUAUAAAAGAACACACAAAACAUAAAGUACUUUUUACAAUCAAUAAUUACUUGUUUGGGAUAAAUUGUAAUACAUACAUUUUCAGUUUUUAUUUAUUAUUUAUUUACAUUUAUUUACUUUCAUUCAGUGGAGAAGCCCUUCGAUAUCUCCAUUCUUAAUAUAGCUACCAAAUGGUAUAUUCGAGAUCCUCUUAUUUAUAUGUUAUUUUUCCAUUGACAUACAUUGUGCCAUGUUCUUGAUCCAAAAUCUGAUAGGUGCAUCAGUUUUCAUCCAAUUAAAGGCCAAUGUGCGUUUUGCCGGUAAUACGGCAAAAUCAAUAAACUUUUGCUCUUUGGUUCUCAAAUUGAGAUCAGUUGGGUACAUGUUGGAUACAAUAAGAUCCAUUUGAACAUUUUUAGACUCAAAAGUUUAAUAAUUAACCAUCAGAUUCAUUGAUUAUUAGAUCAAAUUGAUCGCUGACGGUCCUUAAAUCCUGUGGGGUAUCUUUGAGGGGUUCUCAAUCUUUGCUUUUUUUUAAAUUUCAAGUGUCAAAAUCAGUAUUUUUGAAACAUUAAAACAAACUAAUAUGAAUUCAUGUAAGACUGAUAAGCAUUAUACUUCCCCUCCUGUUAUUCGUCUCAUGAUGACUCUCAUCCUGAAGCCUCUGAUGUAGUACCUGCAGUUAAAAGGUGUUAGCCUCCAGGAGAGCGUAUGAAUCAUGCAGCUGAUGGGAUGUGCUUUUGUUUCACUCUGCGCUGCGACGGGCUAAUUUUAGACCGCUGAUGAAUGUUUCCUCUUGCAGGAGCCAAGUUUCCCAUCAAGUGGACGGCUCCUGAGGCCGCGCUGUACGGGCGCUUCACUAUUAAAUCGGAUGUCUGGUCGUUCGGGGUCCUGCUGACUGAGCUCGCCACUAAAGGAAGGGUGCCGUAUCCAGGUGAGGAGGUUUUUUUUAGGGAUGGGAAUCGAGAACCGGUUCCAAAUAGUUCAAUCCAUCAACAUCAUUUACAUUUUAUCUUAACGAUUCCCUUAACGAUUCCUGCCUUGAAAGGCAUCGAUAAGAAAAUCGUUAAAGAAUUGAAUCGUUAACCAGAAUCGAUAAUGGCAUCGAUAUCGAUAAGAUCUUAUCAAUUCCCAUCCCUGGGUUUUGAAUCAUCAGCAAUCAUGUGAUUUCUCACGUCGUGCCUUUUUCUCUCUCAGGUAUGGUGAACAGGGAGGUGUUGGACCAGGUGGAGCGCGGCUACAGGAUGCCGUGCCCGGCAGAGUGUCCUGAAUCCCUCCACGACCUGAUGCUGACCUGCUGGAGGAAGGAGCCCGAGGAGAGGCCCACCUUCGAGUACCUGCAGGGCUUCCUGGAGGAUUACUUCACCUCCACGGAGCCUCAGUACCAGCCGGGAGAGAACCUGUAA